CUGGAAAAUGUACAGCAAAACAAAAUCCUUAAAGAGAAUAAAGAAAAGACACAGCAGAUAGAAAAGCCAUGUCCUGUGGAUUCAGUAGGCUCUCUGAUGGCUGAAAUGCCAUUUGUCAACACAGAUAUUGAAGAUGAAUUUAUUGUAAAUGCAACCUCUGAAAUAAAUAUAAAAAAGAAGAGGAAGAGGACUACUGGAAGGGAAAUUGAAGGCAAUGAGGAAAAGAAGAAAAAAGUGUAUCAGCCGAAUUACUUCAUUUCUCUUCCAAUUACUAAUCUAGAGAUCACUGGCAGUAUUCAGGCUGUCCAAGAUGCAAUAAUAAAAAAGGAUCAAAGGCUUUCCAAAGCCAUGGUUCACUCUGGCUCGUUGCAUGUCACCAUGUUAGUGAUGCAUUUAUCCAAUGAAGAAGAAAUUAGCAUAGCAGUUGGUGCUCUUUCAGACAGCAAGGAUUUUGUAGAAGAUCUCCUGAAAGGAAAAAAUGUGGAUUUGUCUUUUAAAGGAAUUGAUCACUUCAGAAAUGAAGUUGGAUUUGUGAAGCUGUCAGAAAAUGAUCAUACAGCUAUACUUACAGAAAUAGCAGAGACUAUGAAGAAGAUAUUUCAAGAAAAGGGCAUCUUGGCAGGAGAAGGAAGAGCUUUUAAACCACAUCUGACCUUCAUGAAGUUGUCAAAAUCAACACAGCUACGUAAGCAGGCAGUUACUUCUUGCCUGUUUAUGAGGUUUUAUGGCAACAUACACUAA